AUGUGUGAGGAUGACGGUUCCUCCAGAGGAACCAUCGACCAGUCUGAUCGGCCGCGCUCCACGAGCCAAGAUGGCAGUCCCUUGCUCGCGGAUGACGGAGCCCGUCGAGGGGGAGCGGUCGAUCCGCCCGGUGGAAAGACGAAGAAGGAUGGCGGAUGCGAUGUCGUUGCUAGUAGUAGCUGGGGAGGGUAUGUUGUCGGUAUAUACGAAUAUAGAUUCUUCACUACGGUGCCUUGCGGAAAGAGGGGGCAGACGGCGUGUGGGAGGGGAAGGAAAAACGAAAAGAAACGGAAGACGACACGCCUGUCUGGGAGUAGUGCUAGUCCGGUUUCCCUCGACGACCUGCAUGGAGCCAAGCCGAUAUAA